GGGCCAUGACCACCGGGGUCCUUCUAAUGUCGUCUAAACUGGAGCUGCCUACUAGAAUAUAGUAGAAGAAAGCCUUUGAGAUCUUGGAGGACCCCGCGUUUCACUUUCUGGAUAUGAUUCUCAAUAACCUCUCAAGUGAGGGGGAGUUUCCAUGAUGUGUUUGUGAGUUCUAGGAUGAGUAAUGUGACAGCCAGGGUUCACAGGACUUGUCACCAUUUGUACAUGUGUUUCCACAUGUUGAAGUUGACGUUGACCCUUGACUUUUGCUAAUUCAUUCUUUCCAUGAUUUUACUAGAGCAUAUAAAUAAAUUCAGAAGGCUUUAUGUGAACUGGAGCCCUGGUGGUAUAGUGGUUAAGAGCUUGGCUGCUAACGAAAAGGUCGGCAGUUUGAAUCCACCAGCUUCUCCUUGGAAACCCUAUGGGGCAGUUCUCCUCUGUUCUAUGGGGUCGCUAUGAGUUCAGAAUCUACUUUAUGGCAACAUGUUAUGUGAAUUGGUCCCAAAUCAUAGACUCUUAUGUUGAUAUCAUUUGUUCAUUUCUUUUCAAUUGAGCAUGUUAUUUUAAAGUAGUCAUGUGAGGUUUUCAAACUUUCCUAUUGGACUUCUGUUAUCUGUUUCAGAUCACAGAAUAAUUCCCUGUUGAAUCUUAAGACUAAAUCCUAAAUACCACAUAUCUGAUUCUAUUUCAUAGAAAAAAAAAAAUCUUUUUUUGGGGGAAGGUUAUUGAAAGAGACUACACAUACCAUAAACUUCAUUCUUUUAAAGUAUUCAAUUCAGUGAUUUUUAGUAUAUUCACAAAAUUGUGCAGCCAUCAUCAUUGUCUAAUUCCAGAACAUUUUUAUCACCCUAAAAAGAAACCUCAUAUCCCCAUCUGUGGGGCCACCUCCAAUAUUGUAGCUUGUAUUCGUACUUCAUUCAUCAGUUGAUGAACAUUGUGGUUGUUUCUACUUAUAGACUAUUAUGAAUAUUGAUACAGUGAACAUUUGUGUACAAGCUUUUGUCUAGAGAGGUGGGGCCAAGACACUGGAGUCGUCAGACGCUUCCUGUGGUCCCUCUUACAACAAAGACCUGAAAAAACAAGUGAAUCUAUUAUAUAUGACUAUAUAAGGGCCCUGAACAUCAAAGGCAAAGUUGAGGAAUCGAACUGAGUGGCAGGGGAGGGAAGGACGGUUCAGAAGCAGCGAGGAGUUGCCAGACCUGACCUGGCAGGAACUGGCACCAUGCAGGCUGGAUCAGCUGGUGCAUUCAGUGAAGCAAGCAGUGGUGCUUGGGAUGCAUUUUCCCCAUCAGGAGAGGCCAAGCAGUGGAGAGUCUCCUCUAGCCUCCAGAACCAGUGAAAAGUGAUACUCAAUUGGCAUAAGUACAUGCGUCUAAUCUGCUGCACAGAUCAAAAAAUGCCUCCUUUGGGAAGAAACUCUCUCCCAUUUACCUGUCCCCACCCCACUCUGCACUGGGUCUGGGGCUGGCUUCAGCAAUUGCCAUGUUCCCUGGGCCAGAAGUAGGACCCGUUGCAAGCUCUGAACCAUUCUCCCAGCUUUGGAGAGGAAACAAAUUAACAAAGAGGAAAAAACAAUCUGUCAGCUCCACUAAGCCGAGAACCCAGGGUAGGCACAGCCCCUUUGCCUAGGCACAGGCAUAGGGGUCCACAGACUUUGAAUGUUUUUCACUCGUGCAUAGACCUGUGUGGGCCCAUUUUAACAGGGUAGACCCUCAUUAGCACAGUACAACAGAAUAUAUACCUGAAGGCUAUUUUCAACUGUAUCAGCUGUAACGUGGAGUGGCAGAUUCGUGACAUUUGACACUGCUCUGCCCAUUCAGCAGGGUCAUCACCUACCCACUUCAGGGGCCUGAGGACUGAUGGCUCCACCCAUGCCACCUAGACACCUGCGACAGGGGCCGAAGAAUAAAUGGUACCUCCCAGUCCUUACAGCCAAUAGCAUUGGGUGCCCAUAGACCAUCUGCAAAACCCAUCCACCUGUGCGAUCUAGGGAACAGGGACAUGCAUUCCUCCCAGACACUCCCGGGGCAGCUGUCAGCCCUCUGCCUUGCUCAGCCCAUGACCCCUUACUGUGGCCAGAUACCUGAACCUACUUCAAUCACUCCUGCCCAUCUAAGACUGUAGGUGAGAGUGUGCACCACACACUUGGUGACCGACUGCCUGGACACCUGAGCUGAAUCCAUACCAGAAAAGUAAAUGUACUCCUGGGCUCACGUACCUAGUAACAGCUCUAACCACCUGGUGACAGGUCAUGAGAACUUCAACGGCACCAGUAAUCAAACUAGCUCACACAACCAGCCUAUUUUGGGCAUAUCAAAACAAAACAAGGAGCUAGAACACAGUAAGCAAACAAAAAAUAAAUAAAUAUAAUAACUUAUUGAUGGCUCAGAGACAACAGUCAAUAUGAAAUCACAUAAAGAGGCAGACCCUGACAGCUUCAGCAAGCGCCCAAAACAAACAAUCAAGAUGAAGAUAAUUUCUUGGAAUUACCAGAGGUAGAAUUCAAAAGAUUAAUAUACAGAGCUCUUCAAGAGAUCAGGAAGGAGAUCAGGCAAAAUGCAGAACAAACCAAGGAACACACAGACGAAGCAAUAGAGGAACUUAAGAAGGCUAUACAGGAGCAUAAGGACAAAUUUAACAGGCCAUAAGAGUCCAUAGAGAGACAGCAAACUGAAAUCCAAAAGAUUAACAAUAAAAUCUCAGAAUUAGACAACUCAAUAGAAAGUCAUAGGAGCAGAACUGAGGCAAUUAAAGUCUGAAUUAGUGAGAUUGAAGAGAAAGCACUUGACAUUAACUUAUAUGAGGAAAAAUCAGAUAAAAGAAUUAAAAAAAAUGAAAAAACCCUAAGAAUUAUGUGGGACUCUAUCAAGAGGAAUAAUCUGUGAGUGACUGGAGUAUCAGAACAGGGAAAGGAUAACAGAAAAUACAGAGAAUUGUUGAAGAUUUGUUGGCAGAAAACUUCCCUGAUGUCAUGAAAGUUGAGAAGAUACCUAUCCAAGGAGCUCAUUGAACCCCACACGAGGUAGAUCCCAAAAGAAAGUCACCAAAACAUAAUCAAACUUGCCAAAACCAAAGAUAAAGAGAAAACUUGGACUUCUAGACUACUAGACUGAGAGAGAAUAAACUUCUGUUUGUUAAAGCCAUCCACUUGUGGUAUUUCUGUUAUAGCAGCACUAGAUGACUAAGACAUAUGGUAACUCUAUUUUUAACUUUUUGAGAAAUCUCUAGACCGUUUUCUAAAGGGACUGUGCCACUUUACACGCCCAACAGCAAUGUAUGAGGGUUCUAAUUUCUCCAUAUUCUUUCCAACACUUGUUGUUGUCCAUCUUUUUGGUUAUAGCCAUUCUAGUGGUUGUGAAGUGCUAUCUCAUUGCAGUUUUGAUUUAGAUUUCCCUAAUGAUUACUUAUGUUGAACUUAUUAACCAUUUGUAUCUCUUCUUUGGAAAAAUGCACUUCAGAUCUGCUUAUUUUUAAAUUGGCUUUUUGUUUUUUUAUUGUUGAGUUGUGCGUGUUUUUAUGUAUUCUGGAUGCUAGAUCCUUAUCUGAUAUAUGAUUUGCAAAUUAUUUUCUCCCAUUUCUUGGGUUGUCUUUUUACUUUCCUGAUACUGUUAUUUGAUGCACAGAAGUUUUAAAUUUUGAUGAAAUUUUAGUACUUAUACUUUAUUACUUGUACUGCCUAACUCAAGGUUGCAAAGAUUUACCUCUAUCUUUUUUUCUAAGAGUUUUAUGCUUUUAGGUCUUUGAUCCAUCUUGAAUUAAUUUUCAUAUAUGGUGUGAGCUAGGGGUCUAGUUUCAGUCUUCUGCAUGUAGAGAUCCAUUUUUCCCCUCACCAUUGUUGAAAAUAUAUUUUUUCCCUAUUGAAUUGCCUUGACAGCAUUGUUGAAAAUCAAUUGACCAUAAAGCUCAAAUGAUGAAGCACCACUCUCCAUAUUGCCAUGAUGGUCUCUGGGCACAGAUAGCCCUCAAGGAAUCCUCAGUGUGGUUAGGCGAGGUCUUUGCACUGCAGCAUCAACUAGACAGCUCUUUGGCUGAAGCCCAAGUGUUCACCAUCCUCUUACUAAAGGAUUGAGUGGUACUUGAAAUUUUGACUCUGCAGAAAUUCUGCUCUUCAGAAAUAGGCAGGAGAUACCAACAUGGUCUCAAGCGUCCACCUGAUCCAAGAAGCUCAUGCCUCACCAGCAUCCCUCUCCAACCCAUAGUCCAGUCCGAUCCAUGUCUGAAGAGUUGGCUUCAGGAAUGGUUCCUGUCCUGGGCCAACAAAAGGGGUCUCCUCUGGGUCCCCCAGAAUGCUUUUUCAUCGUACUGGGUGAGAGCUGAGCCAUCUGCCUGUGUGGGACUUCUAUACUCUUGGCUCCACUCUCUUCUGAUGGCAUUUUGACUGCAUCAAGGCCAAGUGACCAGCUGCUCAUGAUGACUGAUGAGAAGAACCUUGGAGUGUCCCAAAAAUUGGUCUCACCUUCAAGGAGCACAAGUAGCUGCUCCUCUAAGCAGGGAAGUCGACAGGACAGCUGGGAAGUUGUGGAAGGACUGAGGGGAGAGAUGAAUUACACUCAGGAGCCACCAAUUCAGAAGGGAUUCCUGCUGAAAAAGAGGAAGUGGCCCUUAAAGGGCUGGCACAAGAGAUUCUUCUAUCUGGACAAAGGAAUCUUGAAAUAUGCCAAGAGCCAAACUGAUAUAGAGAGAGAGAAGCUGCAUGGCUGCAUUGACGUUGGGCUCUCGGUGAUGUCUGUGAAGAAGUCAUCAAAGUGCAUCGAUCUUGAUACCGAGGAGCACAUCUACCAUCUGAAGGUGAAGUCAGAAGAUGGCUUUGAUGAAUGGGUAUCCAAACUCCGUCAUCACAGAAUGUACCGUCAAAAUGAAAUUGCGAUGUUUCCACGCGAAGUGAAUCACUUAUUCUCCGGAUCCACUGUCACAGACUCUGCAUCUGGGACGCUUGACUCCAUUUCAAGUAGGAAGCGCAGCAGUAUAUCAAAGCAGAAUGCAUUUCAAACCGGAAGCAAUUUGUCAUUUUCUUGUGGUGGGGAGACACGAGUUCCAUUGUGGUUACAGUCUUCGGAGGACAUGGAAAAAUGCUCGAAAGACUUGGCGCACUGUCACUCCUGUCUGGCGGAAAUGAGCCAGCUCCUACAAAAUAUGGAUGUUCUACACCGGACGUAUUCAGCACCAGCUAUCAACGCCAUCCAGGGUGGAGCUUUUGAAAGUCCCAAAAAGGAAAAAAGAUCGCACAGGAGGUGGCGGUCCAGAGCUAUUGGCAAAGAUGCUAAAGGAACGCUGCAGGUCCCUAAGCCUCCUUCUGGCCCACUAAGACUGCACUCCUCCAAUCCUAAUUUAUCAACGCUAGAUUUUGGAGAAGAGAAAAAUUAUUCUGAUGGCUCUGAAACCUCGUCAGAGUUUUCCAAAAUGCAAGAAGAUCUGUGUCAUAUUGCCCAUAAAGUUUACUUCACUUUAAGGUCAGCUUUUAAUACUAUAUCAAUGGAGAGAGACAGACUGAAGCAUCUGAUGGAACAGGACAUCACCUCCUCCCCCUCGGCCCAGGUCAUUGGUCUGAAGCACGCCCUGUCGUCCGCCCUAGCACAAAACACAGAUCUUAAAGAGCGCUUACGCAGAAUCCAUGCCGAGUCUCUGGUCCUCGACCACCUGGCUGUUGCCAAGUUGGGUGACAGUCUGGCAGAGGAAAACUCCAGAGAUGAAAACCGAGCUCUGGUUCAUCAGCUUUCCAACGAAAGUAGACUUUCCCUUGCCGACUCCCUUUCAGAGUUUUUUGAUGCACAGGAAGUUCUGUUAUCGCCAAGCUCUUCAGAAAAUGAGAUUUCUGAGGAUGACUCAUAUGUCAGUGACAUAAGUGAUAACCUUUCCUUAGACAACCUCAGUAAUGAUUUAGACAAUGAGAGACAGACCUUGGGGCCUGCUUUUGAACAUGACAGAGAAGCAAUGUCUAAAAGAAGAACCUGCUUGCCUGCACCGUGCCCCAACACCGGUAACAUCAGCUUGUGGGGCAUCCUGAGAGACAACAUUGGGAAGGACCUGUCGAAAGUGGCGAUGCCGGUGGCGCUAAACGAGCCCCUGAACACGCUGCAGAGGCUCUGUGAGGAGCUGGAGUACAGCGAGCUUCUGGACAAGGCCGCGCAGAUUCCUAAUCCCCUGGAGAGGAUGGUGUACGUGGCAGCCUUUGCGGUAUCAGCCUAUGCGUCUAGCUACUUCCGAGCUGGGAGCAAGCCAUUUAAUCCAGUUCUUGGAGAAACAUACGAGUGUAUCCGUGAGGACAAGGGCUUCCGGUUUUUUUCAGAACAGGUCAGCCAUCACCCACCUAUAUCUGCAUGUCGUGCUGAGUCUGGAAAUUUUGUUUUCUGGCAAGAUGUGAGAUGGAAAAACAAAUUCUGGGGCAAAUCCAUGGAAAUUGUUCCAAUUGGCACAACCCAUGUGACUCUGCCAGUCUUUGGAGAUCAUUUUGAGUGGAACAAAGUGACCUCCUGCAUCCAUAACAUCUUAAGCGGGCAGAGGUGGAUCGAGCACUACGGAGAGAUAGUCAUCAAGAACCUGAGUGACGAUUCCUGCCACUGCAAAGUGAAUUUUAUCAAGGCAAAAUACUGGAGCACUAACCCCCACGAGAUUGAAGGCACAGUGUUUGACAGGAGUGGGAAAGCGGUGCAUCGACUGUUUGGGAAAUGGCAUGAAAGCAUCUACUGUGGUGGCCCCUCCUCGUCCACUUGUGUCUGGAGAGCAAAUCCCAUGCCCAAAGGCUAUGAGCAAUAUUAUGGCUUUACACAGUUUGCACUAGAAUUAAAUGAAGUGGAUCCAUUCUCAAGGUCUUUAUUACCACCUACUGACACUCGAUUUAGACCAGACCAAAGGUUUCUAGAAGAAGGGAACUUAGAAGAAGCUGAAAUACAAAAGCAGAGGAUUGAACAGCUACAGAGAGAACGGCGGCGGGUGCUAGAAGAAAAUAACUUGGAACACCAGCCCCGGUUUUUCAGGAAAUCCGAUGAUGAUUCUUGGGUGAGCAACGGCACCUAUUUGGAACUUAGAAAAGAUCUUGGUUUUUCCAAGCUGGACCAUCCUGUCUUGUGGUGAAAGAGGAACAAAGAAGAAAGAUACGUCAGUGUGCUUCUCACGUUUGCUUUCUGAAGCAGCACAAAUCUGUCUGUAUAUUUCAAAGAUAUUAUCUAGAAUGAUCAGUUGUGUUUAUCUUAUCGUUGUAUUUAAGUAUAUAUUUUCUUCAGUGGGUUUCUUUACAAUUCCAAAAGUUAUCAUGACUGUUUAUAUGAAUGUAGAACACCUUGAUAUUUCUUUUUAUAUAUGAACUAUUUAAUAAAAAUGAAGAUUGAGUGUUAAUGUGUGGGUUAAAAAAGAAGCUUUAACACUAAUUUUCCAAAGCUUAGGGAAAAUUCAAAUGAAAGUUAUGCCUUAUAGAAUUAUGUUGGAGAAAAAAAAAGUCAAUUUCCCCCAGGUUCAUUAAGAAAUCAGAAAAAUACCCAGGGGUACUCACCCAUGCGUAAGCUAUCCAAGUUUAACUUGGUAGCUCAGGUAUCUUUUUGCCUCAGACAGCUCUUGAAUUGCUCACACAGAACAAUUCUGCUGGUGCUGGAAUCUGCAGAAUCCUGCUAUUUGCGUUUUGUGAUUGAGGGAUGGUAUAGGGUUAAUGGAGUAUAUGUUUUUAUAGAAAGUGGAUAUAGCACCUUCUGAAAGAAGAAGGAAGCAUUUGUGCUCAUGGUUCUGUUGCCUUAUGUGCAAAAGUGUACCCUGUUGCCCCAUUAAUUAAACGCCGUAGGACAUCCUGGAGAGGCAAUGGGAAAGUUCUCUUCAGUGAGAGCUGAAUCCUUGACAAGUUAAGAAACUAUUUCCUGCUUCCCACCCUACCCUUGCAGCCCCUCCUGACAGACCACAUCUCUCUUGAGUGUGGAACGUCCACAGUUAAAUAUAAAACAUAGAGUGCAUUCCACACAGCAAUUUGACUUUCUACAAGGGUAGCAAGAGAACUGAUUGUUUUAAAGAACUGAACAUGUUUUUCUUAAAUACUAUUUUAGUAUUUUCUACCUCUUACCAAGCACCAUAUUUCAGAUCUUGUAUAAAAAGUCUGACCAUCUGCCUUAUAGACAAAUGUAGAGAAUGAAUGUUCUCCCUUUGUACUGUUCGUGCUCUGAUAAAGCUCUAAGUGUCUUCUUCCCCUUUCCUACACUUACCCAUAUCAGUCUUUUGUGAGUUUUGCAGCGGUCUCAAAUAAUAGGAAUUAAAAUUACUGACAGGGAAAAUUUUGUCUUUUUAAAUGUGUUAUCUCAAAUUACAAUAAUAUAAUUUGUGCAGUAGUUGAAUUGGGUUAUCAAUUCAAUUCCAGAUUACAUUAAAACCAAAGCCUGAUUUUCAAGCCUUCUAGAAAAAAAAAAAAAAAAAUUUUUUUUUCUUACUCUAAUGUCGGUAACAAUCCUAUGGAAUAUAAAGUAUAAUGAUGUGGUUAGAAGAUGUCUCCAGAAAAUUGUUUUUAGUUAUUUGAAGAAUCUCAGAGCAUGUGGGAUGCUAUGAAUGAAGAGGAGAAUAACUAGCAGAAAAAGAAUGCAUAAUUUUUCAAUGUCACCUGAAUAACCAACCAGUAGGACAGUAUCACGUUUUCAAAAUGGAGAGUUAUUUAAACUGGAUCAGUAGCCUUUUAGAAUCUGCAAGUGACUGGCAUCUUAAAACAUUAAAUGACUGAUUGAAUAUUGGAUUCAUUUAUUCCCCUUUAUCUAGACAUCAGGAUGAAUACAAUGUGCAUCUCAUUUCCAUUUCUAAGCAGUUGAGUGACGCAGUCUCAUUCUUUGUCGUAUUCUUUGUUCUUGUCUUUUUAAAGCACCCAUCCAAACUCUGCUCACAGACACAAGGAUGCUGCAUGUAGAUUUCAGGGUACUCAAGCAGAAAACAAGUCUAGUUUUUACAACAUGAGGGAAAACGGAGAAUUUUAGUAAUAUUGGCUAUGACAUAGGCCCGCUCCAGAGGCUGGCUCAAAAAAGAAAACGACAAAACCUACAGCCUGAAUGGAUGUAGCUAUGUCAUGCAGUACUUAGAAAUUCUUUAAGUGUCCCCAUGCUAUUAUUUCAGUCCCUCUAAUGCUUUAUUUUGGGAUCAGAUAACUGGACCAAAUAUCUCCUCUGUAGUCAUUUUAGUUAAGAUGGGGGUGGGGUUGUGAAUUAGAAUAGGAUACAGAAUUACAUACAGAUCUAAAAACCUACUGUUGUUGUUGUGAGGUGCCGUGGAGUCGGUUCCGACUCAUAGCGACCCUGUGCACGACAGAACGAAACACUGCCUGGUCCUGCGCCAUCCUUCCAGUUGCUAUGCUGGAGCCCGUUGUUGCACCCACUGUGUUAAUCCACCUCGUUGAGGGUCUUCUCUUUUCCACUGACCCUGUAUUUUACCAAGCUAUUUUUUUUUUUAUACCGGUGGCAUAGCUUCCAGCAUCACAGCAACACGCAAGCCCCCACGGUAUGACAAACUGACAGACACGUGGGGGAAAAACCUACUAGUCUACUACCUAACAUCUAUAAAGGGCUUUCCUGACAUUUAAACAUCUCAGCAAUGUAUCCUGCUAUUAUAUUCUUGAAACUAGCUUGAGGGAAAAAUGGCUUUUCUUCCCCCCUCUUUUGUCCCUAUUCUCAAUAGCACCUUUACACCUAUUUUAUAUCACAAGGACAUUUUCUGUUUUUACGACGAAGAAAACAGAAACAUGGCACUGUUUGGGAAGAAUUGAGGUAGAAUUUAAUUUUCUGGACUUUGAGCCUCCCAAUUAAAUAAUGCCAAUCACUGCACCAUUAGAGAUACAUGUUUUAACCUCCGUUUUAUUCCUAAUUAUUCCUACCCAACUUAAUGGUGAAUUAUAGAUACCCGGGGAAAGGGAUUUUUUGCAGUUGAUAACGUGGCACUUUGGACGUCCUUGUUCUGCUAAUGGAAACCCUGGUGGUGGUGUGGUUAAAUGCUACAGCUGCUAACCAGAAGGUUGGCAGCUGGAAUCCAUCAGGCACUCCUUGGAAACUCUGUGGGGCAGUUCUAACUCUGUCCUGUAGGGUCACUGUGAGUUGGAAUUGACAGCAAUGGGUUUGGUUUGAUUUUGGUUCUGCUAAUGUCUUCCCAAACUGGAGGAAAGCCAUUUAGAAACAAGUCACUCUUAUAGCAAGUGGGGCAGAUAUGCUCCUUACCAGGCCUCAGAGCAACCUACCAGUUCCUAUCAGGCUGACUCCAACUCAUGGUGGCCUCAUGUGUGUCAGAGUAGAACUGUGCUCCAUAGGGUUUUCGUUGGCUGAUGUUUUUCAAAAGUAGAUCACCAGGCAUUUCUUCCAAGGCACCUCUGGGUGGACUUGAACCUCUAACCUUUCCAUUAGUAGCCAAGUGCAUUAACCAUUUGUACCACCAAGGGACUCCAAAGCAACUUAAAGCUGGUCGUUUUCCUGAGUCAGAUGUGUUCUGAGGUCUCAGUGCAGCCUCCCCAGGCAGUUCAUCCCUGGAAGCCAGGCUGAUUCUGGUACUAACUGAAUAGACGGAGUUCACGUUAGACAACAGUCCAGUUAUCUGUCAAGUUCCUAGAAUGCCCCACAGCCCCAUUGUCUUCAUGAGCUUCCUGUGGGACUCUCUUGGGAUGAAAAAAAUAUAUAAAAACUUAUUAUUAUUAUUUUUUAAAUGUUUACUUCAUUUGGACUGCUGCUUUUCUCAUAUUCUGCUUUGAAUUACUUCCAAUAAAUCAUUUGCUUGGGCUUCAAGCAUUAUCCCUAGUCUGCAUUUUCCAGAUUUAUGAUAAAUGGUCUUCUGCUGCUAUUGAAGGUGUCAAGCCUAAGAGAAAAAUAAUAAAGUCUUAGUUUGGCUGUUGAGCCUUGAUGUAGGCCUACUACGUAGACUACAAGUAUAGUAUGCCUUCCAGCUAUGGUAGAAUUUCCUCAGACCUUUUAGUUAUGAGUAGGAGCGAUAAACAGUUGUUCUUAUGAUCUUAGAAUGGAUAGUUCCAAUGUAUCAGCAUAAUUUAUUUGAAUGUCUUUAAUUUUGAUAUUAACAUCUCUACAAAUCUAUUUUUGCUACAAGAUGAUGGCUAUUUUCAUGUGCUUAAUUUUCCUUGUCAUUGUAUCAAUCCGUUUCUUGGCCUCAGUGUUUAUUUUUCUGCAUUGGAAAUACGUAUCACAUCAGUUAUCUACAAAUGGUGGCAGCCUAAGAUGCGAACCGUUUCCAGGGACUUUGGUUUCGGGGAAUGCAACGGUCGGAAGUUGCUAAUUGAUUGUACUCUGUAUUACCCUCAGAGGCUACUGUCUUUUUUUAAUGGAUAUUUGUAAAUCUUCCAUUUAACUGUUUGUAAAAUGAUUUUCUGUUUAAAUCCCAACUUUAUACCUGUACUCCUUUGCCUCCCAAAAAAGCUCUUACUAAUUUGCUCCCCCCACCCCCACCCCCGCUGCCCAUGUAGCUAGUUGACAAUGAAUAAAUAACAUGGGAAAAGGCUACCUUUGGCUUUGUCUUUCCAGGUUAAUGGGGAUAUGUGGCUGCUGGAACAGGGCAGAGCCUAAACCCUUUCAAGGAAGAAACACACCAACCAAACAAAUACCAUAACCCGUUGCCGUUGAGUCGAUUCCAAUUCAUAGCGAUCCUAUAAGACAGAGUAGAAAUGCCCCAUAGGAUUUCCAAGGAACAGCUGGUGGAUUCGAAUUGUUGACUUUUUGAGCUGGCAGCCAGGCUCUUAACCACUGUACCAUCAGGCCACCUAAAGUGAUAGAGGUUGAAGAUAAGAUAUUCUGGGACAUAAGAAACUUGGAAACUAUAGAACUGCCAUAUUUUUGGUCCCAACAUUCCUGAAGCAUAACACAAAAGUAGAUCCCCCACCCUAGAAUGAGGCCUGAGGCAGCUGGAGCCCUAGACAGGUCCCCUCCUCUUGGAUCUACCCAGCGUGCUAGGAAAUAUCAUUAUUGUUUCUGAGUGUGCCAUAACAUGAAAAAGGAGAACAGUGGCUACUCACACCAGUUUAACAGCCCUUAUUCUGCCCUGUCAUGUCAGGCCGUUAUGCAUCGGAACCUACUAGACAACACACAACAACAACGUGAAUGACUGAAUCAUCUCCUCCAGUACCUAAGUAUUGCUCUUGGCAAUCCCAGAGAUAUUUUUAGCCUUCCCUAAAGUUCCAUUUGACUCAGUUGAUACACUUAUGGCAUUACACAAUGUGCUCAAUUGUGGAGUAACGCACAUAAAUUCAUGUCUCUGCAUCCCUAAAAACACUUAAACCAAACCAAACCAGUUGCCGUCGAGUGGAUUCUGACUCAAAGCCACCCUACAGGACAGAGUAGAACUGCUCCAUAAGAGUUUCCAAGGAGCGGCUGGUGGAUUUGAACUGCCGAGCUUUUGAUUAGCAGCUGUAGCUCUUAACUAGUAUGCCACCAUGGCUCAAAAACACUUAAAAAAGCAAACAAAAGCAGUAUAUAAACCUUGAUUGGAUCCUGGUUUAAAAGAAGGAGAAAAAAAAAAAAGCUAUAAAAGGCAUUUUGAGGACAGUAGGUGAAAUUUGCAUAGGAACAUAGUAUUAGAUGGUAUCAUGAAAUUAUUGCUAAUUUUCUUAAAUGGUAAUAGCCUAUUGAACUGAAUCAAAUCUGCCAUCAAAGGAUGUUGGAAUAAUUUUCCAGCAUUAUUCAGAAAAAUGUGUUGUAGACGUAAAAGGAAAUCUUAAAAGGCAACCUCAGAACAUUUUAACGUACCAGCUAUCAUUGGAAUUGGCAUAAAGCAUUCUAAGGUGUAGAAUUUGAAGAAAAAAAAAAAGGAGACAGUAAAAUUUGGAGGUAUAAGUUCCAGGCUUUGUCGUUUUCUAGUCAUACUAAUCAAAUAUCAGCAUUACAAAGUUAAUGUCCAGCAAUGAUUCACACCAGAGUAAGGAAGAAUUAUCCCAGCCUCUGUCUCCUCUGGCCUCUGCUCUCCUAGCAGCGCCCCCUAGUGGCUGAGGCCUAGUGAGCACGGGAGCCAGGGCGAUGUAAUUGCUAGAGCUCAGUUCCUGGGGACUGAGAGCAUUAACAGCAAAGCAAGCACUGGGACCAGAGAGUCCCCAGAAUAGUUAAUGCUUGAGCUUUAGAGGAUUUUCAAAAUGUAAAUAGGCUUAAAAGCCAAUUUUUUGGAAGAUAAUUUUUUACAUUAUUUUGGCUUCUAUUCAUUUUAUCAAGGGUGAAUUUUUUAAAAACUCUGGUUCUCAGUGAUAUUGUUGUUGAAAUGUUUUUAAUGAGCUAAAGACACACUCCUCUGGAUUAACUGCCAUUAUCUAAACUGGACAUCAGACAGGAAAAGAUGUAUCAGCUUACCCAGGGGAUCUCAAACUUGGCUGAGGUUCUGGGGCCAAUUUUACACACAUACACCCCCCCCGCCCCCACACAUGCAUACAAGCACGUGCGCACACACAGUUUCCUCAUUUGGUUCAGAUCUACCCCACACCGUCUGUUGGCCAGCAUUUGAUCACCACUGAGCUGUGACCCCACCUUCUAAUUGGCCGAUGGUUCCAGGACUUCAACAAUGAAAUGUUAGUAACAACUGUGUGUUUCUUUUCACUGAAAUUUUGUACAUUGCUUUUGUACUGUCUUUUAAAUUGGAAGCUCUUCAAAGGCGAGGGCCGUGUCACCUCCUUCCUCUGUGAUGCCACUUUCAAAAGAGUGUUGCAGGCAGCGGAAACAAUCACAGGUGGUAAGAAGGCUCUGUAACAGGAUGCUUGAGUGAGGCCGGUACAGGGAGAGGUAACAGGGCUUCAACCACUGGAGAGAGUGGACUGAGACGAGGGAUGGCCUCAGAGAGUUGGAGGAUGUAGUGGGGGAGGAUGGAGGAAUCAGGCAUGACUCAUGGCUUCUCUCCCUGCUAAUUAAGCCACAACACUGUUUCAUAAACAGGAAAUUCUUUUUUUUUUUUUUAAUUGAACUUUAGAUGAAGGUUUACAGGACAAACUAGCUUCUCAUUAAACACUUAGUAUGCACACUGUUUUCUGACAUUGGUUAACAACCCCAUGACAUGUCAACACUCUCCCUUCUUGACCUUAGGUUUCUUAUUACCAGCUUUCCUGUCCCCUUCUGUUCCUUGCCCCUGGCUGGUGUGCCCCUUUAGUCUCCUUUUGUUUUAUGGGCCUGUCUAAUCUUUGGAUGAAGGAUGAACCUCAGGAGUGACUUCAUUACUGAGUUAAAAGGGUUUCUCCAGUCUCUCAGGCCAGGAAGUCUGGUUUUGUAUAUGUGUGGGGGGUGCUUAGAAUUCUGUUCUACAUUUUUCUCCAGCUCUGCCUGGGACCCUCUGUAGUGAUCCCUGUCAGAGCAGUCAGUCGUGGUAGCUCGGUGCCAUCUAGUUGUACUGGAUUCACGUUCGUGGAGGCCAUGGUAGUUGUGGUCCGUUAGUCCUUUGAGCUAAUCCUUGUGUCUUUAGUUUUCUUCAUUCACUCUUACUCCCCAAAGGGGGCAACCAGCGGAGUAUCUUAGAUGGCUGCUCACAGGUUUUUAAGACUUCAGACACUACUCACCAAAGUUGAAUGUAGAACAUUUUCUUUAUAAACUAUGUUAUGCCAGUUGAGCUAGAUGUCCCCUGAGACCAUGGACCCCACAGCACUCAGCCCAGCAAUUUGGUCCCUCAGGGGGUUUGAAUGUGUCUAUGGAGCAUCCAUGACCUUGCCCUAAACAAGUUGUGCUGGCUUCCCCAGUAUUGUGUACUGUCUUACCCUUCCCCAAAGUUACCACUUAUCUAUUGUCCAUUUAACGUUUUUCCAUCCCCACCCCGCCUCUCCCUCGUAACCAUCAAAGAUUGUUUCUUUUUGUGUGUAAACCCUUUCAUGAGUUUUUAUAGUAGUGGUUUCAUACAAUAUUUGUUCUUUUGUGAUUGACUUAUUGCACUCAGCAUAAUGCCCUCCAGAUUCAUCCAUGUGAGAUGCUUCGCAGAUUCAUCAUUGUUCUUUAUCGCUGUGUAGUACUCCAUUGUGUGUAUGUACCAUAGUUUGUUCAUCCAUUCAUCUGUUGAUGGACAUCUAGGUUGUUUCCAGCUUUUUGCUAUUGUGAAUGCUGCUGCAAUGAACAUGGGUGUGGAUAUGUCUAUUUAUGUGGCAGCUUUUUUUUUUUUUUUCUUAUUUCUCUAGGAUAAAUUCCUAGGCGUGGAAUUGCUAGAUAGAUUAUGUGGUAUUUCUAUUUCUAGCUUGCUAAUUUUUUUUUAAGGAAGUGCCAUAUCAUUUUCCAAAAUGGUUGUACCAUUUUGCAUUUCCACCAGCAGUGCAUAAGAGUUCCAAACUCCCCGCAGCCUCUCCAACAUUUGUUAUUUUCUGGUUUUUUGAUUCAUGCCAGUAAUGCAGGGGUAGGGGGGGUGGUGAGAUGGUAUAGCAUUGUGGUUUUGAUUUGCAUUUCUCUAAUGGCUGGUGAUCACCAGCGUUUCCUCUAGUGUCUGUUAGCUUCUCGAAUGUUUUCUUUGGUGAAGUGUCUGUUCAUUUCCUUUGCCCACUCUUUAAUUGCAUUAUUUGUCUUUUUGUUGUAGAGGUGUUGGAUUUUGCUGUAGAUUUUAGAGAUUAGACCUUUGUCCGAUUUGUAAUACCAAAAAAUUUUUUCCCAGUCUGUAGGUUCUCUUUUUAUUCUUUUGGUGAAGUCUUUUGAUGAGUAUAAGUGUUUAAUUUUCAGGAGAUACCAGUUAUCUAGCUUAUCUUCUGGAGUUUGUGUGUUGUUAGUUUCCAUUUCAUUUUUGAUGACUUUCAAUUUUCCUAAAUUCAUACUUCGUACACUCCAUGUUCCGAUUAUUAAUGAAUGUUUGCAGCUGUUUCUUCUUAUUUUGAGUCAUGCCACAUCAGCAAAUGAAGGUCCUGAAAGCGUUCCAUCCACAUCAUUAAGGUCGACUCUACUUUGAGGAGGCAGCUCUUUCCCAGUAGUAUUUUGAGUGGCUUACAACCUGUGGGGCUCAUUUUCCAGCACUAUACCAGACAAUUUUCAUUGCUAUUCACAAGAGGUUCACUGGGCCAAUUUUUUCAGAAGUAGAUUGCCUGGUCCUUCUUCCUAGUCUGUCUUAGUCUGGAAGCUGCACUGAAACCUGUCUACCAUGGGUGACCUUGCUGGUAUUUGAAAUACCAGUGGUAUAGCUCCCAGCAUCACAGCAACACACAAGUCACCACAAUAUGACCAACUGACAGACAAGUGGUGGACCAUGGAUAGGCUGUAUGAAUACCCCAGAACCUUAUCAAAACGGUCAAACAGCAAAAUUAAGUUUUAACAUGUAACACUAAGGAUCUAUGAUUUCACACAGCAUAACUACUCCCAUGAAGCCUGCUAGAAGAAACAGCUGACCUCUCAUACCUCUUGUAGUGGACACUGUAGACUGCUUCCCAAGGCCACCCGUCAUCCUUCUUCUUACUUACUUACUAACAGAACUUUUAUUCUGAACAGGUAUGAGAAACCUUGUGUUUCAAUGGAGGCUGAUCCUCUUCCCCAGCACCAGGAGGUACAUCUUGAUCAGACAAGGCCUAUAUGGCAAUUCCAUUCCUCCCACCAAUGACUGGCUUAGAGACUUAGCAGUGGGCCUGUGAUGCAGUUCUGACCAUGAGAUGAGAGGAGGGUUCUUUUAGAAACAGAAAAAACUAAGUAAUUAUGACAAUAUAAUAUUGUAAUAUAAUAAGUAUAAUAAUUAUAUUCAUUAUUUUUAGAAAUGGAAAUUUUUGCAUAAUUGUAAACCAAAAGAAAAGAAUAAUCUAGAAUUUUUUUGAUUGCCCACCACCCCUAAGAAAACUCUGCUAACAUUUUAGUGUAUGACUUUUUACCUUUUAGCAUUUUUUCUAUGCCUGUGUGUACACACACAUAUAUUAAACAAAAAUAAAAAGACAUAGAGGUGGGACCAAGAUGGCAAAGUAGUCAGACACUUCCGGUGAACCCUUUUACAACAAAGACCUGAAAAAAAAAAACAAGUGAAAUGAUUAUAUUAUGACAAGCUAGGAGUCUGAACAUCAAAGGCAAAGUUAGAAAACAGACUGAGCACCAGGGGGAGGGAGAGACAGUUCAGAAGCGGAAAGGAGUUGCCAGACCUGAAUCGCCAGGAACCACCAGGAACCAUUCCCGGGAGCAACUGCAGUGGGCUGGUAGUAGCUUUUAGCUGCAGUUUCCUCAGGGAGAAAGAGCCAGCCGCACAGUCUACUCACACCUCCAGAGCCAGGGAGGAACGGUGCUCUCAGCAAAAGCUAAGUACUUGUGUAUAUUUUACUGUGCCCCUAGCCUCCAAGCUGGCUUCAGUGGCUGUUGAUUUCCCUGGACCUGAGAAAGGCCCUGCUUAGUGCUCUGAGUCAUUCUCCCGGCCUUGGAGAAGCAAUAAAUUCACAGCUGGGGGAAAAGACAAUCUGCUAGCUCCACUAACCUGGGGAGCUCAGGACAGAAGCUGCUCUGUCCAGGCAUAAAUGGUCCAUGGACUUUGAAUAGCUUUCCCCCCUGCAUGGAUCUGUGUGGGUCUCUCUCAGGAGAGUAGGCCCUUGUUGGCAGACUGCAACUCUUUCAGCUACGCAGUAGAGAGGUGGGUAUUUGAUGUUUGACACCACUUUGCCUAUUAAACAGGUCCUUAAAAAAAAAAAACCCAAAACAAGGUCCUCACCUACCCAUAUCAGGGUAGGGGCCUAAGGACUAGUGGCUCAACUCAGGUCAACCAGCCACCUGUAAUAGGGGUUAAGGAUAACUGGUACCCCCCAGUCCUUACAAACAAAAGCUUUGGGUGUCCAUGAUCUGUCUGCAGAACCCAUCUACCUGUGCGUGCUAAGGAACAGGGAUGUGCUUUUCUCACAGACACUCAGGAGGUGGUUGUCAGCCCUCUGCCUUGUUCAGAGAGUGACCCCUUGCUGCAACAAGAUACUGGUACCUACACCAAUCACCCCUGCCCCUUGAAGACUGUAGGACAGAGCCUGUACCACAUACUUGAUGGCCAACUACCUGGACACCUAAGCUGAAUCCAUACAAGAAAAAUGAAUGGAAUCCUAGGCUGAUAUAUCUGAUAACAGCUCUAGCCAUCUGGUGACUGGACAUUAGAGCUUCAAGGGCAAAAAUAAUCAAGCUAGCUCACUCAGGCAACCUAUUUGGGCGUAUCAAAACAAAACAAAGCAAGAAGCUAUGACACAGUAAGCAAACAUAAAAAAAACUAAUACAAUAACUUAUAGAUGGCUCAGAGAUAACAGUUAAUAUCAAAUCACAUAAAGAAGCAGACCAUGAACACUUCAACAAGCUCUCAAAACAAAGAAUCAAGGGAUCUUCUGCGGGAAGGUGCAUUUCUGGAAUUACUGGAUGCAGAAUUCAAAAGAUUAAUAUACAGAACUCUUCAAGACAUCAGGAACAAGAUCAGGAAGGAGAUCAGGCAAUACACAGAACAUGCCAAGGAACACACAGUUAAAGUAGUUGAAGAAGUUAAAAAGAUUAUUCAAGAACAUAAUGAAAAAUUGAAUAAGCUGCAAGAAUCCACACGGAGACAACAAUCAGAAAUUCAGAAGAGUAACCAUAAAAUUACAGAAUUAGACAACUCAUCAGAAAGUCAGAGCAACAGAAUCAAGUAAGUGGAAGGCAGAAUUGGUGAACUUGAAAACAAAGCAUUUGGCACCAAUAUAUUUGAAGAAAAAUCACACAAAAGAAUUAAAAAAAAAAUGAAGAAACCCUAAGAAUCAUGUGGGACUAUAUUAAGAGAAAUAACCUAUGAGUGAUUGGAGUACCAGAACAGGGAGGGAUAACAGAAAAUACAGAGAGAAUUGUUGAAGAUUUGUUGGCAGAAAACUUCCUCCCUGAUAUUGUGAAAGAUGAGAAGAUAUCUAUUUAAGAUGCUCAUCAAACUCCACAUAAGGUUGAUCUCAAAAGAAAGUCACCAAGACAUAAUCAAAGUUGUGAAAACCAAAGUUAAAGAGAAAAUUUUAAGAGCAGCUAGGGAUAAAUGAAAAGUCACCUACAAAGGACAGUCAGUAAGAAUAAGCUCAGACUACUCGGCAGAAAUCAUGAAGGCAAGAAGGCAAUGGAUGACUUACAGAAAGCAUUGAAGGAAAAAAUUGCCAGCCAAGAAUAGUAUAUCCAGCAAAACUGUCUCUCAAAUAUGAAGGUGAAAUUAGGACAUUUCCAGAUAAACAGAAGUUUAGGGAAUUCAUAAAAACCAAACCAAAACUACAAGGAAUACUAAACAGACUUCUCUGGUUAGAAAAUCAAUAAUAUCAGAUAUCAACCCAAGACUAGAACACUGGACAGAGCAAUUAGAUGUCAACCCAGAUGGGAAAAUCACAAAAAAAAAACAAGAUAAAAACGCUCAAAACAGGGAAACAAUGAUGUCAUUAUGUAAAAGAAGACAACAUUAAAACAAUAAAGAGGGACUAAGAAAUAUAGUCAUAGAUCUUUCAUAUGGAGAGGAAGACAAGGAGAUAUAAAGAAAUAAAAAUUAGGUUUAAACUUAGAAAAAUAGGGGUGAAUAUUAAGGUAACCACAAAAGAGACUAACAAUCCUGCUCAACAACAACAAAAAAAAAAAUACAAGAAAAAAAUAGA